CUUCGUCGUCUUUCAUUAGACGACAUCGGCGACCACUAUACAUCAUUCACUAAUGAUUCUCCUUAUUGCGGUGUCCGUUCUCUGCCUGUCGCAGGAUGUAGAGGGUAGCUUAAGGCUUCGUCGCGACUGUGGUGGUGCGCAAAGCUGUGGAGGAUCCUCAUAUGGUCCACCACCAACUGCAGCUCCUUAUGUUCCACCACCACCACCGCCACCACCACCGCCACCACCACCGCCACCACCACCCACGGAAGCUCCGUAUGUACCACCACCACCGCCGCCACCUCCAGUAACACAACCUCCAUACGUCCCACCACCGGUUGAGCAGAAAACGUGCGUAACUUGCAAGGAGAUCAACAUCAUCCAUGAGUACGUGAUGCCUCCGCGUAGACGGUGGGGUUGGCGGCAUCACCGUCGACGUCGACCACACUGGGGUUACAUGAUGCCGCCUAUGAUGCCUUAUAUGCCUAUGAUGCCUCCUCCAAUGCCUCCACCACCUCCACCUCCUCCACCACCACCUCCGCCACCACCAGAACCGGAACCUGAAAUUGAAGUAGUUGUCGUUCAGCCUCCACCUCCACCACCAAAGAUAGUGAAAAUGAAAUAUGUAUAUCAUCGCAAAGUGCCCUGGUACAGUUGCACAAUGUGUACGACCACGUACUCCCAAGGCACAUACUCACCGCCGCCUUCAUCUGGAUCUUACGGCUCCAUUUCGCCGCCUCCCUCUCCUGGCUAUGGUGGGUCCCCAGAGCCGGGUUAUGGAGGUGGAGGCCCGCCACCACCAUCUAGCUAUGGACCACAUUGAGAUGCCAUUAGAAUCAAUACUCCAUGAAAGAUUGCCUGAUUGUGCGCAAAAAUGUGUUCAUUUUAUAAUUAAUUCUCGUAAACUAUUACAGAAUUGGGCGCAAAGUAGCAUUCUGUUCUACCGCGGUUGAAUGAUUGUAUGUUGGUCAUAUCGAUUGCGAGUUUGCUUUUGAAUAUGUUUUCAAAUUUUAAAGCAGUAAAUGGGUGUUGAUU